AUGAAGAAGAAGAGGAGGAGGCCGGAUCAAGUGCGAUCGGGCACAGAAACUUCAAGCGAAAAAGACAGAGACACCCCCAACCUGGAGGAAGCACCGGCCCGGCGGUACCUACGGCUAGGCACGCAGACCACCCGGACAACCAAGGCGGAUCCGCCGGUGGUGUUCACCCCGAGGCGGCGAGACACCGGCGACAACAUGGGCUGUCCCGUGCGCGAGGUAGACGGCAGAGACAUCCAGGCGACCGCCGGCGUCCCUUCCCGAGCCGGCAACUCGGGCCCGCUGGGGAACACCCGCCUACUACUCCCUUCGCCGGCACCACCACCGCCUCCCCCGGCACCAGAAGACCUUCCCCCGGCACCGUCCGGCGAGCCCAACAUUUUUCAGCCCCCGGAUCCAGCCCCGCAGCAGCAGGCGCCCUCCCCUCCUCCUGCAGCGCCGGAGGCCCCCUACUCUCUUUCCUGGGACGAUCUACUAGGCGCGGUGAACGAUGACGACGAACCCCAUGCACAGGCCGUGCCCUGGGCGGGUGUUAUCGACGCCCCGCUCAUGCCUGCGGGCCCCGCACCGUCACGGUUGGACUUGUUGGAGGUUGGACCCCUGAAAUUUGCAGAAUCACCGGCUGAAAAAUAUGGCGGUCACCAAGAAGGCGGGAUCGGAAUUGAACAAGAAGAACCGGCUGAAGCCGCCGAGGGCGACAAUCAUGAGCAACAAGGCGGGGAUGUCGGAGAGGCGGCGGCACCGGAUGCCGCGCCCGUAUCCCCUGUAGAACCUGCACGCCGCAUCGGUUCUAGGAUGAGGCGGCCAAGCCGAAGGCUGAUAGAAUCUCUCCCCCAAGCUUGA